UCAACAUUAGAUUCGAUACAUUUACAUCACACAUUGGCCCACCUCCACCACCAUCACCACCACUUCCACCCCUUCCUUUCCUCCUCCUCCACCACAACCACCACUCUCCUUUCACUUCAACCUAUUUCCCCACCUCACUGGAGAGAUCACUCUCCUUUUUACUAUUCCAAAAUUCUCCUUCUUUCUCUCUUUUUUUCCCCACACUCCUUAGUUACUUGACACAAAAAUAAUAAAGUUACAAGCGUUGUUCAAUUUUGGCAUCUGGGUCUAGCCCCAAAUUGCAUCCUUUUGGCUUGUUAUUAAUUUGAUUCAACUAUAUGGUUGGUGGGUUUUGAUAAAGUUUCAAUCUUUAUACAAUCCUAUCAGUAAUAAACAACAGCAACAACAUUAAUAAAGACCAUUAAUUUGUAACUUGGUAAGAGUUAUCAAUAAAUGGGGAAUGUGAAUGGAAGAGAAGAGGAAGAAGGAGCAAUUAGUCCAUCAAGUGUUGGUGGUGGUGAAGGAGAAAGGAGUGACAGCAGUGAGGUUAUGGUUGCAUCAGAUGAGUCCCAUGUUAGUUAUCCUGCACCUCCUCCUGAAAUGAUGGGUCACUCACCUCCUCAUAGCCCUAGAGCUACUCACUCACCUCUUCUGUUCACUCCUCAGGUCCCUGUGGCUCCAUUGCAAAGACCUGAUGAGAUUCAAAUUCCAAGCCACUCGUGGAUGCAAACUUCUUUAGGGUAUGAAGAAAUGUGCAAUGAGCAUGGAAUUCCAACAAUGAUUACAUGGAGCUAUGGUGGCAAGGAAGUAGCUGUCGAGGGAUCAUGGGAUGACUGGAAAACAAGAAUUCCUUUGCAAAGAUCUGGAAAAGACUACACUAUAAUGAAAGUUCUGCCAUCAGGAGUUUACCAAUACAGGUUUAUUGUUGAUGGACAGUGGAGGUAUUCCCCUGACUUGCCCUGGGCCAAAGAUGAUGCUGGCAAUGCUCACAACACUUUGGAUUUGCAAGACUUUGUUCCAGAAGACCUUGAAAGUAUAUCUGGUUUUGAACCCCCUCAGUCCCCAGAGUUGAGCUACAGCAAUUUGCAACUCGGUAGCGAUGAUUUUGCAAAAGAGCCACCAAUGGUUCCUCCACACUUACAGAUGACACUGCUCAAUAUGCCAUCAUCCUGCAUGGAGAUACCGCCUCCUUCAUCAAAACCUCAACAUGUAGUGCUUAAUCAUCUCUACAUGCAGAAGGGGAGGAGUGGGCCUGCUGUGGUGGCACUUGGUUCAACACAUAGAUUCUUAGCCAAGUAUGUGACUGUGGUGCUUUACAAGUCUUUGCAGAGGUAAUAAUUUAUUGCAUCUGUGUGGGAUUAUGGUCUACCAUCCCUAAUAUCUAGUUUAAUAUAUAUGCCAAUGGCGCAAGUAAGCUAAGGAAGGAGUCACCUCUGGCAUUAAAAAAGAUUGUAUUUUACAAAAUACAAAUCCUUGAUAACCAUUGUUAGUCAAAUAGCUACUUGUUCAUAUGGGGAAAAGAGCUAAUUAUUCUCUUGCUUUGGCUCA